AUGUUACCACGUGGAGGUCGUGGUGAUGGCGGCACCGGUAGGGGUGGGGCUGACCACCAGAGGGGCAGAGGUGGUGGUACUCGUGGGCCGGGCUAUGGUGUGGCGCAUGGAGGCGGUGGUGACACCCCAUACACGGGACCCGAUGUACGCACACUGUGUCGCGACAUGACAUCCCUGGCCAUCGGGGGUGUGGCCACCAGUCGCGGCACUCAGGGAACGCCCAUUCAGUUGAUCGCAAAUCACUACCGUCUGGAAGGACUCGAAGACAUCACGUGUUUGUUGUAUGAAAUAGACAUUCGUCUGAUUCGCGGGGACGGGAGGGGAACGUUGGCCAUGACGGCCGCACCGGCAGCUCUGGGCGUUGAGGGCCGGCGACUACGCAAUGACCGCAAAGCCGAUAACCGCCAGAUUCUGGAUCAGAUGACUCGCGAGUGGCCCGAAGUGUUCGCCGACCGUAUGUACGCUUUCGACGGCCAGAAGUACCUCUACAGCGGUCGCCAGUUAGCCCUACCGCCCGGUGCCGGACAACAGCCCCGAGUGGUUAACAUUCAGUUCGACGGACAGCCGGUGCAGACGUUUGAGGUGCGGAUCAGUUUCACGAAACCCAUCGCUUUCAACGUAAUCAACGGCUACUUCGCCGGUAAGAACCGCGCGCCCAGUGAUGAGGACUUCCGCGAAGCCAUUCAGGCGCUGGAGAUUGUGCUCCGGUAUGUGUCGGGAGGCAUACGGGUGCCCAUCGGUCGCAAUCUGUACGCCACGACCGGUCGUAAGGCUAUUGUGGGAACCAAUGCCGAGAUAGCCUUCGGACACUCGCAGGCCAUACAAGUGACCCAAACGGGCCUCACGUUGAAUGUCGACCGCACGGCUACUCUUAUACUGAGCGCCGGUAGUCUACCGGAGUUUAUCGCAAAGGAGUUCCGUAUUCAAGACAUUAGGCGACAGGUGUUCGACGAGGAGCUGAUCCAAAGAGUCACCAAAAGGAUUAAAGGCCUCAAGAUAUACACCAAUCAUAUCGCGGGUCAAAAGCGCCGGUAUUUCGUGGAGACGAUGACUUGGAUGCGACCCCAUGACCACCAGUUCCCCGACCAGAACGGGAACAUUACUUCUGUGGAGCAGUACUUCAAACAACACUAUAAGACGGAAUUGGAGUUGCGAAACGUACCGCUCAUUAAGACCCGGGGCUCCGGCAAUACGCACCUACCGGUCGAGGUGUGCCACCUGUACGAGAAUCAGCCGAUGCCCAAAAAGCUGGUCACACCCGCCAUGACCCGCGAGAUCGUCACGGCGUCCAACAGCCAGAGCCCGACCACACGGUUCGGACGCAUACAGCAAUCAGUCGAAGAGGUGGCGACUGAGAGUCGGGACCUAAUGGCCAGCUUUGGGAUGACUAAAGGGCUGAGUUUAGCGCCCAUUAGGCUGACGGGACGGGUGCUGAAGGCGCCGACACUUCAAGGCUCGCAGAAUCGCGUAAAACUGGGCCAACCGUUGAACCGCUAUUUGGUUUUCAUUGUGUCGGAAGCCGUGCGAAAGGACCUGAAGGCCUAUUUCAACCCAUUCUUCACGCAACUCGUGAGCACCGGUAGGGAAAUGGGUAUCGCUAUCCGCGCGCUCAGCACUACCACUAAACCACCAGAACUCCAGAACUGUGAGUAUAGGUCUGUGGCGGACAUUAGGGGCGCAUUCAAGGCGGCCGCGGUGGACACGCAAAUGAUAUUCUUCGUGAUUCCCGACGUGAAUGACAUCUACUAUGGGAUCAAAUUCUGCGGUGAUGUCGAGUACGGGAUACCCACGCAGUGUAUCCUCGAUAAGCACUUGAUGUCCACUCCGAGGGGUUAUUUCAGUAACAUUUUGCUGAAAAUAAACGCCAAACUCAACGGUCAGAAUCAGGUGUUGCAGCCGUCGGACAGACCCUCGGCUAUAGUGUCGCCGCGUGUCGGCCCCCAGAGCCUCACCCGUCGCACAAUGGUUGUGGGCGUGGAUGUGACACAUCCGGGCACUAAUCCGUUGGCCAACGAGCGGGUGGUAUCAUCGAUAGCGGCAUCGGUGGCCAGUUAUGACCCCGAGUUCAGCAAAUUUAUGGUCACAAUCGCCGGACAACCACUGAAUACAGAAAUUAUCCCCAAUUAUGACGAUAUGUUUGUCACACAUCUCAAGACAUUUAUGGCUAAAAAUAAUAUGAUUUUACCGCAAAGUGUGAUCGUAUACAGGGAUGGCGUAUCCGAUGGACAGUUCGCUCACGUGAAAGAGAAUGAGAUACCACUCAUUGAGAAGGCGUUCCACCGAUUGAACCCUAGAUUUGAGUUCAAAGUGACGGUGUUUGUGGUGCAGAAGCGACACCACACGAGGUUUGUGGCAUACGAUAGGAUUGUGAACUACAAGGGAAAGGAGCAGAACAUCCCCGCGGGAACGGUAGUCGACCACACGAUCACUAAUCCCCUGCACAAUGAGUUUCAUUUGUGUUCACACAAAGGAUUACUCGGAACGUCACGUCACGGGAAGUAUGUCUGCCUCCGGGACGACCACAACCUCUCGGAAGACCAGAAGCAGCAAAUGUCGUACUACUUGUGCCAUACGUACUGCCGGUCCGCGACUCCCAUAUCGAUACCAACACCCGUACAAUACGCCCAUUUGGCGGCCUAUAGGGCUAAACAACACAUCGCCGCACAGAAUGUCGAGUUUGAGUUCAGGGUUAGGGAUGAGACCAAUGACAGGAAAGAGGAACGGGAGGCCAGGAAUAUAGCGCUACUAAAUGAUAAAGUAUCCAUUAAUCCCAAAAUCAUUUUGUCGCCAUAUUUUGCUUAA